UGUGAAGUAACAAAAAUGAAAUCUUCUAUAUUAUUUUUAAUAUAUGGUAUUUCUGUGGUGAACGCGUUAGUGUUGCAGAGCGGGAAAAGGCAUGUUACCAAGGAACUGUUUGUGGCGAAUGGAGGGCAGUUUGGCUACUGGUCGGCACCUGAAUACUGUCCACCGGGAACGUUUGCUUCUGGAUUUAGCAUGAAGAUUGAAGCUGACCAGUUCAGCGGGGACGACACGGCAUUGAACUCUAUUAAGCUGACGUGCACUGAUAUGUCCGGGCAUGCGCAGUUAGGAUAUCAAGUAACUUCCGGAGAAGGUCCAUUCGGAAGUUGGUCAUCAGUUGAGAACUGUCCACCUUCGACAUAUCUUAUAGAUUUUUCCUUACAAGUUGAAGGGCAGCAAGGGGGUAAAGAUGACACCUCGGCCAACUAUAUAAAAUUCAACUGCCGCGAUUAUGACGGAAAUAAUCAUUGGACGGAACUGAAUCACCCACCAGGAAGAGGUAUCUGGGGAAGUUUUGGGGCGUUUAGUGACAGGUGUGAUGCGCAUUCAGCGAUCUGUGGUUUGGCGACGAAAGUUGAAUCUUCACAAGGAAAUGGUGACGAUACUGCUUUAAAUGACGUCAAAUUUUACUGUUGUGACGACGGUGUUCAUGGCCCUGUUGUCGGAUAAAAAGAGUUUAAACUUUCGUUAUCUCUGUAUGACAUAUUGAAACAGUAAAUAAAGCAAUACAAAGAAA